AUGUUCCAUUCACAGCCACUCCUCUUCCAGUCUUUCCCAGCUACUUCUACCCUAGCCAUUCCCAGCAAUUCCAAAUCACAGCCCUCCCAGACGCUCUCAGCCACUCCUCUACCAACCAUUCCCACCACUCUCAUCCCUGCUUCUCAAAGCCACUCCUCCCCCCAGCCAUUCAUAGCUGAUCUUCCCAAGCAAUUCUCUGCAACACAUAUCCCAGCCUCUCCCAAACAUACACAGUCAAUCCGAGCCACUCCUCUCCCAACCAUUCCCAGCCAUUCACAGCCACUUCUCUACCAGCCUCUCCCAGCCAUUUCCAGUUUCUCCCAGCCAUUCCCAGCCUUUCCUCCCCCACCUUUUCCAAGUCAUUCCUCUCUCAGCCAUUCUCAGCCACUCCUCUUUCAGUUAUUCCCAGCCACUCCUCUCCCAGAUUUUCCUCUCCUAGCUACUCCUCUCCCAGCCAUUUCCAGCCACUCCACUCCCAACCAUUCAUCUCCCAACUACUGCCAAUCACUUCUCCCACAGCCAUUCCCAGCCACUCCUCUCCCAGCCAUUCCCAGUACUCUCUCCCUAGCAAUCCUUGCCACCCCACUCCUAGCCACUCCUCUCCCAGCUAUUCCCACCCACUACUCUCCCAACCAUUCCCAACCACUCCUCACCCAGCUAUUCCCAGCCAUUCCUCUCCCAACCAUUCCCAGCCAUUCACAGCCACUCCUCACCCAGCCAUUAUCAGCCACUCCUUUCCCACCAUUCCCAGCCACUCCCCUCCCAGCCUCUCCUACCCCAGCCAUCCCCCUAGCCGCUCGUUUCCCAGCCACUCCUCCCACAGCCAUUCCCAGUCUCUCCCAGCCAUUCCCAGUUAAUCCUUUCCCAGUCAAUGCCAGCCACUCUUCUGCCAUCCGUUCCCAGCCACUCCUCUUCCAGCCAUUCCUAACCACUUAUCCAGCCAUAUCCAGCCAUUCCCAUCCCUGUCUCUCCCAGCCAUUCUCAGACACUCCUCCCCCAGCCAUUGCUCUCCCAACCACUCCUCCCCCAUCCAUUCCUAGUUUCACUUCUCCCAGCCAUUUCCAGACACUGUUCUCCCAGAUAAUCCAGUCACUUCUCUCCCAGCCAAUCCCAGCCACUCCUCUCCCAGCCAUUCCCAGACUCUCCCCUUCCAGCCAUUCCCAGCCAAUCCUCUCCCAGCCACCACUUCUCUCCCAGCCAUUCACAGACACUUCUCUCCCAGCCAUUCUUAGCCACUCGCAGCUACUCCUCUCCCUGCCAUUCCCAGCUGCCCAUUUAGCCACUCCUCCGCCAGCCAUUCCCGGCCACUGCUCUUUCAACCAUUCCCAGUUACUCUUCUCUCACCCAUUCUCAGCCUCUCCUCUCAUAGCCAUUCCUAACCACUCCUCUCCCAGUCUCACACAGCCACUCCUCCUCCAGCCAUUCCAGCCUCUCCCAACCAAUCCCCGCCACCCCUCUCGCAGCCUCUCCCAGGCACCACAGCUUCUACCAGCCACUCCUCUCCCAGCAGCUCCCAACCAUUCCUCUCUGAGCCACUCUUCUCCCAAUCUCUCGCAACCAUUCCCAUCUACACCCCUCCCAGCCAUUCCUCUCUCAGCCAAUCAUAGCCGCUCUUCUCGCGGCCGUUUUCAGCCGCUCCUAUACCAGCCAUUCCUAGCGACUCCUCUCCCAGCUACUCCUCUCCUAGCCACUUCUCUCCCAGCCAUUCCCAGCACUUCUCCUAACCUCUCCUUUCCCAGCUAUUCCCAACCACUCCUCUCCCAGUUAUUCCCAGCCACUCUUCUCACAACCGUUUCUCUCCUAGCUACUCCUCUUCCACCUAUUCCUAGCCAAUCCCAGCCACUUCUCUCACAGCAGUUCCCAGUCACUCCUCUCCCAGCUCCUCUCCCAGCCACCUCUCCCCCAGCUAUUCCUAGCCCCUCUUCUCCCAGCCAUUCCCAAUUACUCCUCUCCCAGCCGUUCCCAGCCUCUCCUCUCCUAGCCAAUCCUAGACACUCCUCUCCAAGCCAAUCCCAGCCUCUCCUCUCCCAUCGAAUCCCAGCCACUCCUAUCCUAUUCUAUGGUAAUCUUUCCUACUCCUAA